UUUAACCGUCGUGAGAGCUGAAAAGCGUCAUAAAAGCACACCCAGCCAUACUCUAUACCUACUGUCUGGUGACUAGUGUCCGACGUUCACGAACGAAAUUAGUGCUGUGUACCUGUACAUGUAACAAUAUUAAUAUUUUUAUGUAAUUAAAGACUUCAGGAUGACCGUCGUGUGCUGUCGAUGACUAUUACACACCUCGAAAUAAUGCUCGCAACAAUGACGACAAAAUUUUACAAGUAUAAGAAGCGUAGCACAGUUUUACCUACAAUGCGUCAAUAAAUUAAUUGUGAAUCGGUGUCUUCUGUCUUUAAUAUAAAACUAGGAUGAUAUUGUGUACAGGUCUGAAUAACGGAGACAUCAUGAGCGCGAUACUCGGCAGGCCUGACUACCUGGCCUGCAUGGGCAUUGGCACUGCCAUGAAGACAUCAUGCUACGUUCCAUUGUUGCUGGCGGCUAUAGCCUACUUCAAUUUCCACAAGUACGAUGUAAAAGAUCCAGAAGGUUGCAUUCCCGACAUCGAUGAGUCUAAACUUCUAUUCGAAUACGACUUCAUCAUAGUAGGUGCGGGUUCUGCAGGUUCCGUGGUGGCAAACAGAUUAUCAGAAAAUGGAAACUGGAAAAUUCUUCUACUAGAGGCUGGUGGUGAUGAGACUGAAAUAUCCGAUAUUCCUCUGUUAGCUGGAUACUUACAAAAGAGUGAAUUAGACUGGCAAUAUUCUACAGAGCCUAAUGAAAACUGCUGUUUGGCAUUAGAAGGCCGUAGAUGCCGCUGGCCGCGUGGGAAAGUUCUUGGUGGCAGCUCCGUUUUGAACUACAUGCUCUACUUGAGGGGCAACAGGAAAGACUACGACACGUGGCAAUCCUUGGGCAAUAAGGGAUGGGGAUACGACGAUGUACUAUACUACUUUAAAAAAUCAGAAGACAACGAAAACCCCUCCUUAGCAGACACUCCUUAUCAUGGCACAGGGGGAUAUUUAACUGUAUCUGAGGCUCCUUAUCACACACCUCUGGUUGAAUAUUUUGUCGAAGCUGGAAAAGAAUUAGGUUAUGAGAAUAGGGAUAUAAAUGGUGAAAAACAUGCCGGGUUUAUGAUUGCUCAGGGCACGUUGCGAAACGGCAGUCGGUGUUCUACUGCCAAAGCAUUUCUAAGGCCAGCUAAAAAGCGUCCGAAUCUCCACAUAUCAUUAAACUCAUUUGUAACUAAAGUGCUAAUAGACCCCAAAACAAAAACCGCAUUUGGUGUCGAGUUUGUCAAGAAUAAUAAGAUCAAUCGCGUCAGAGCCCGGAAAGAAGUGAUAUUAUCAGCUGGAUCAAUUAAUUCGGCUCAGUUGUUAAUGUUAUCUGGCAUUGGGCCAUCUGAAGAAUUAACCAAACACCGAAUACCGGUAAUUCAGAAUUUAAAAGUUGGCUAUAACUUGCAAGACCACGUAGCUGCAGGAGGUAUCGACUUCUUACUGCAGAAAAAUGCACAUGAAGCAGUUGAUGUUGAUUGUGGAUCGUUAAGUACUUUAAUGAAUUAUGCCGUUAAUGGGACAGGACCUUUGAGUAUUCUGGGAGGAGUUGAAGGUUUAGCGUUUGUUAACACUAAGUAUGCAAACGCGAGUGAUGAUUUUCCCGAUAUCGAGUUUCACUUUCAAACUAGAACCACAAGUAGUGAUAAAGGAAGAGAGUUUAGAACGAUUCAAGGAAUUACUGAAGACUUUUUUAAUGCAGUGUUUGCACCGGUCACUAAGCCAACGUGGUCCAUCAUGCCUAUGUUGUUGAGACCAUAUAGCAAAGGUCGCAUACAGCUAAAAAGUGCCGACCCCUAUGACCCUCCCCUUAUAUACCCCUAUUAUUUCUCAGAUGAAAACGAUAUGGAUAUAAAAACUCUGGUCGAAGGAGUGAAGAUCGUAUAUGCUCUGUCGAAAACGAAAGCUAUGCAGUAUUUCGAAUCAAGAUUUAAUCCGAACAUUUUUCCUGCUUGCAAAAAUGUACCACGGUUCAGUGAUGCGUUUUGGGAGUGUAUGAUCCGGCAGUUUACGGCGACAGUGUAUCACCCGGUGGGGACCACCAAGAUGGGUCCGAACUGGGACCCCGACGCGGUAGUGGACGACGAACUCCGGGUGUACGGGGUGAAGGGGCUGCGCGUCAUCGACGGGAGCAUCAUGCCGCUCAUGGUGAGUGGAAACACCAACGCUCCCAUCAUCAUGAUAGGCGAGAAGGGAAGUGACAUGAUCAAGAAGUAUUGGUUAAAGGAAGGAAAGUAUCGACAUUAGUGUAACGUAGGUGUUGUCUUAUAUAAAUUACGUUGAUAUAAUAAAUAUAGUGCUAUGAUACCUGUCCACGCUGAAUGCUAUGUCAAGUAUGACGUGGUCAAAGACACUGCAAAAUAGGUGAAAACUGACCGUAGUCAUACUCAAGAUUAUGUUGUGCCUCUAUUAAAAUUAAAACACGCACCAAAGACAUAUUGUAAGAUAUCUAACUGUUAACAUUUUCAAAAAGAUACUUAAAUAACUGAAUAAAAUAAAAAGAUUUUGAAGCGGAUUUUCUCAUAGUAUUCUUUAAGGAUUGUCUGAAAUAAACAAUUUUUAUUUUUA